AUGAUGAUGCCUCACCAGACAGUAAAUCACUGCCUAUGCACAAGAGGCGCCGUGUCGGCCGCGCAUGCGAUGAAUGUCGUCGAAAAAAAAAAGAUCAAGUGCGACGGCAAACAGCCCUGCACCCAUUGCACAGUCUAUAGUUAUGAGUGUUCGUAUGACCAGCCCUCCAAUCGUCGUCACAACCCUGCCCCGCAAUAUGUCGAGGCUCUCGAAACCCGCCUCUCCAAGGCCCAAGCCUUUCUCCGAACCGUUCGCUCUGAUGUCAACCUCAACGACCCGCAGCUAGAUGUGCAUGCGACGGAACAGAUAUUAGCCGCCCAGAAAGGAAAAAAAUGCGACUGGAGAUGCCAAACCGCCGAUUGCCCAGGCGGAUUCUACGGCAGAGACGGGGGAUGA